AUGCCGGUUCACCGUAUUUCGGAUUUCACCGCCAUGGAGACCUAUGGAAGUUGUUUGCUUAAUACUGGAAUUGUGCACUUUACUUGCUCUGGUCAUCAAAAAGAGACCCUGAGCAACUUGAAGAAGCUGGCUCCAAGUUUGGGUGACAGCAUUACGAUUGGAUACUGGCGCUGCCUUAUGUCUGGUCUCCUGUCCUCUCGUCUUGCUGAUGUCCAGCCCUCUAGCCUCUCACAGGAAGAGCAACUUGAUGCCAUCUUAUGCACCGAUUCUAUUAUAAAAAACUACUACGUUAGCCAAAGGGAAGAGCUGCAGAGACUGGCCAAGGAUAAGUGGUGUGCGGACUGCCUAAUGAUUGACGGUCUGGUAACGCAGUGUGGGGAGCGUCUAGUUGAACUCUGGAGAAGGGAUGAGGGUGGAACUGGACAGUAUCCUCCCCCGACACUUCAUGCCUUGCUUGAUAUAUAUCAGCUGGAAACCAUUGAGGAAUCUGGCAAACAUGCUAUUGCAUCCUUUUUGAGCUUCUGA